AUGGCGGUGCACGAGACCCUGUCUCCACACGGCCGUCCCCCUCUCCUUUCGCCGAUGGGCAGCAGGGAGGAGGCAGACCCAGCCAUUGCUCUGCUCUGUCCCGUUCGCGCUUUGCGCACUUUGGGUUCUUGUGAGACUCCAGAAUCAACUUCUCACUCAACACUGCACAAGUCAGAUGAUUCUGCAUCGGUCUCCUCAUUGGAAACUGAUGACACUGUCCUUUUAUCUUCCCCUGAUCCUUCUCCUGGGUCAGUGCAAUCCAUAUCAAGAUCUACCACGUGGCCACUUGUAUUCCCGAUUCCACGCUUCUCCUAUGACUCCGAAAUAAUUCUAGGACAAGCCAAUGCUGAAUACCAUGCCAAUGGAACUCGUCUUAGUCCAUCUACAAAGCUGAAAUCACACAUUCUAGAAAGCCUAGCUGAGGAAAUCAUCAAAUUCAAAGCAUAUCCAACCGAUGUAGACCUUAAUGCAGUGGCAGAAGCAUUGAUCAAUAAACACCCUUGCUUACGAGAGCAAGGCUCGUACAAUGGUUGCUAUGGGUGGAAAAUAAGCCUCAAGUACAAGAUGGCAAACUUUCGUACCAAGCUCAGAAGUGUCGGGUGUUCUGAGGUAAGCAUAAAUUCAUUAAAGAACAAACAGCAAGAUCAGUGCCACGCUGCUUCAAAUAUUAAGAAGCCUAGAAGAGCAGAAGUGAAUUACUGCCCUCAGCAUCCGAAGGGAGAAACUUCUGACAGUCUGGAGAAGGAACGAGUUCAGCUUUUGACAGAGAUCAGAAAAAGAAACAAUGACAAAAUAGUCAAAGAGAAGAUGGAAAGAACCUUUUCAUACAGAAGACAGGAAGUGGUUCAGAAGAAGCCAAUGGUAGCAGAGUUUAAAACUCGAUGGCCAGCUCUCUUUAAUGUUGAUGAAAUCAAUAAUGAAUUCAUGCGAAUUACAACAGUCCCACUGCAGUUCAAGUUUCUUGGUAUGCUUGACAAAUAUUCAAACAGCUUGAUGAAGAUUUUUCACACUAAGGGCGGAGUCAAUGGCCGAACAAUAAAAAACAUCAUGCAACCCAUUUCUCAGACUAACAGCAUAGAUGUGCGAAGAGAAUGCAUCCUCAAAGCAUUGUGUGUGUUCUUGAAUGAGGACCCUGUACAGCUUUUCAAGGAGUAG